UCUUUUUUCUGUUGGAUCCUCGAUGAACACUACUGUAUAUCUGUCUAGGAUUCAGUUAUCCUUCUGCCUCUGCACAGUUGCUACAUUAUGCACUUUAUUCAUUUCCAAUUUCUUUUUUCUUUCCUCCAGUAUUUUUAUACUAUUUUUAAUUCUGUUUUUCUGCUCCUCUCCCUUUCUCUCGUGCCUCUUUUUUCUUACUCUGUUUCUUAAGAUAUCAGGUUUUUUUUCUUCUUCUUCUGUGUAAUAAUACUGCAUUGAUCUCCCCAAAAUCCUGGACUGGCCCUCAGCUCAGGGAAUGCUGCCACAUUGAAAAGGAACUUCAAGAGAAGCCUCUACUCUCUGCACUUCUGUAAAAUAUCGAAGGUUGUUGGGAUUUUUUUUUUUAGUUGUUGUUUUUGCUACUUUCUGUUUUUGGAAGGGACUACACUUCUCUGUAUGGGGAUUUGGGAAUUCUCUACCUCUCCCAAAGGAAAACAGAUAGAAAGGCUCGGCAUGAGACGGCUGUCAGAUCACAGCCCACGAAGACUCUCUGACAUCAGCUCACAGUUACGUCAGCUUCGGUAUCUAACUGUUGAGGAUCCCAUCAAGGAAGAGCUGAAAUCUUCUCGUUCUUUUCUAGAUGUCAACAGUGCACUCAAUGAUUUAUCUACUGUAGAGGUGCGCAUCCUCCGAAUUACAGGGUAUUAUCGUCAUAGCCCCUGGAGUCCAGAUGCUCUUGACUUCCAGCGGGAGAAGCGCACACAGUCCAUCUCCUUGACGACAGCUGAAGAAUCAGAAAGUAGCGAGAAUCCUUCAAAGCAAUGCUGCCAUCGGUGCCCUCUAGUGGUCCUGAGGAAGCUGGCGUGUGGUGUGGCACUGGCUUGCAGUGUGGCUGUCUCCUGGGCAGGGACCACUCAUACUGCUAAGAUGACCCUCACCAGCAUCAAUGCUCCAUUUUUUUUGACCUGGUUUGCUACCACGUGGAAUGUUUUCUUUUUUCCUUUAUAUUAUUUGGGGCAUAUAUGCAAGUCUAAAAAGAGACAGACUCCUCUUAAAAGAUUCAGAGAAUGCAGCCAAUUUCUCGGUGAGGACGGUUUCACCUUACGUGUAUUCUGGAGGCGCACAGCUCCUUUCUGUCUCUUAUGGGUCCUCACCAAUUACUUCUACUUACUUGCAUUGUGGCGUAUCAGCCCAAGUGAUGCCAGUGCCAUAUUCUGUUGUAAUAAGGCAUUUGUCUUCCUUCUGUCCUGGAUUAUCCUUAAGGACCGUUUCAUGGGUGUACGGAUAGUGGCAGCCAUACUGUCCAUCACUGGGAUUGUAAUGAUGGCUUAUGCUGAUGGCUUUCACAGUGAUUCAAUCAUUGGGGUGGCACUUGCUGUGGGCUCAGCUUCCAGCUCUGCUCUCUAUAAGGUAUUAUUUAGGCUCUUAGUGGGAGAUGUGAAAUUUGGGGAAGCAGCCGUUUUCCUCACUACACUUGGUGUUUUUAACAUCCUGCUCCUGUCAUGGAUUUGCGUCAUCUUGUAUAUCACAAAGGUGGAAUAUUGGCCUUCCGUCCAAGAUAUCCCCUGGGAACAACUCUGUAGCCUUGCUGCUCUAUUACUAGCUUUUAACUUGCUGGUAAACUUUGGAAUUGCACUAACCUACCCCACCCUUAUAUCUGUGGGCGUCUUUCUGAGUGUGCCAGUCAAUUCAGCUGUAGACUUGUGCCUACAAACAACGGAAGAGUUCAGCAAAGUCCGUCUUGCUGCAACUGGAAUUAUUGGACUAGGAUUCCUGCUUUUGCUGCUGCCUGAGGAGUGGGAUGAGACCGCCCUUCGUUGCAUUGAGAGGAUUAAGAGAGACAGACAACAAGAGGAGAGUCCAGAAGAUGGGGACGAGAGUGGAGUGGUGACGCGAGGCAAAAGCAAAAUGGCAGUCCUAACUUGAGAGUUUAGUGCAAUUGUGAAUGCUUCCAUCAACAAAUCUUCCCUGGGAAUGAAGCCUGCUUCCAGCUUUAUUACCUUGGUGCCUGAUCCUGAAUGCUAGCAGAAGAAUGCAUUUUCCUCCCUUGGUGGAAUAGUUUGGCUAGUCAGUAAAUGCUCAAAUCUUUCAAAGUUGGCGGCUGAUGCUGAGAGGCCUUGAAUAAUUGUGGCUUUACCUCCGUCUUAAAUUGGACAGACAAACAGCAUCUUUCUUUUGAUCUUGACAACCUUGCAAAUAAUUUUGGUUGCAUAGUCUUAUCAUCUCAUCAUGUCCUAUCCUAGAAGCUUGAAGAUUUAUAAUCUAACAGUUUGCUCUUUAAAGCUCUCUCAUAUGACAACAAGGCAGACAUAUGAGGAAAAAGUGUGGACUUUCAGCAUGUGUAAAGACUGCUGUUUCAAAAUCAAAAAUCCCAAAACAAAGUUUAUUUAUUGGCAUACAUUGCUUUACAGAUGUUCUGACUGUAGCAUAACUAACAUCUGUGUUCUGGUUAGAAGGCCAGAAAACAGAAGAGACUAAAAUUUAAACUUUAAAAAAACCCUGCAAGACUCUGCCACCUGCAUCUUCUUUUAAUCUGGGAGAGCUGGGAUCACAAUGACGAAUGUUUUGCGAACUUGAAUGUAUGAACACCAAUACCAAAAAGAAAAUUUCUGGAUCUUGAUCUUCAAGAAGUUCAAAUUUUAAAAUCUAUGAGCAAGAAAGGACUUUCCUCCUAGCAUGACAAAACAGAUCUGAUGUAUGACAAGUCUAUAAAAUACACACAGGUAUUGAAUGUAAAGGGAGAAGAACUGACACAUUAUACAGACAUUAUUCUUUAUAACAGUUUUAUGCAAGCACGUAUACUUUUUUGUAAAAAAUAAAUCUAAAAUAUAUGACCAUCUGCCUGUCCAUUUCUUAAAAGAUAUUUUUUUGUGUUUGGCUUAAGUACCACUAGAAUAGAACGAGCUAGAGGAACCAAAUACUCUGGAAAGUGUAUUUGGUUGAUCCAGAAUCUACAGCUCUGAAAGAACAACCAUGACGGAUGUUAGUACAGUGUGAGAGAACAUCGAGACCACAACUCCAUUCUUAGUUAGUGAAUGUCGUAUCCAAACUGGGGCUGAUAAUUCCUUUAUUAAAUUUUUAAUAUUUCAUACUUUCACUAAAAUUAUUCACUUUUCAAGGCCACAGAUUUCUUCUCAUGAAAAUAAUAUGAUAACACUAUAAUAACAAUUGAUUAUUGAUUACAAACACUGGUCUGCAAAAAAAAAAAAAAAAAAGCUUUUAGAUAUUCUUUACAGAAAAUAUAAAUUACACAUGUAAUUGUUUUAAAUAUGAUUAUUAUUUACAAAAAGAAAUGACUUGGUAAUUUUCCCUCUUGUAGUCCUCUGAAGGUGCUUCACGGUGGACCGACAGACGUCUGCUAACACAGUCUCACUCCACUUUCCACUAUAAUGUCUCUCUGUCUGAGAGAUGUCCUGGUGGGCCGUCUCCCUGGGUUCAUCAAAGGGCCCCCAUGUUCUCUUUUACCUGGUCAAGACAAUGGAUGGAUCAACCCAACCUUACACAUUUCUGUGAAAAACAUUUAAACUACAGCAUUAUCUCUUCUGGACAAUAAACAAUAAACAGGCAUCUUUCUAACCUUUUAAGUAUAAAUUCCUGGCUAUUGUAAAGGAAUAAGCCAAGAGAGAAAAAAAUGCUGAUCAAGAACCAAAAUUAUGUAGCAAAUACUGAUACUGUGAUACUCAACUAAUAUUAAGACUGACAUUUUUUCAGCUCAAAAUAAACUUCAAAUAAUAUUCCAAGCAUGAAAGAUACUUAUUUUUAAAAAAAACUCAACAAUUAUUUUCUAAAUGGUGUUUUUCAAUAAAUCCUAAAUCUUGCAGAAAUCUUACAGAAACAGCACAUCUAAAUGAUUUUUUUUUGUGCAGACCAGUAAAACUUAAAAAUUUUAACUAGAACUGAAGACUGAAUUACUUCAAUUUCAAUAGUUUUGCAAAAAAAUUAAUCUUACAAGUUAUAUUCAAUUAAAAAAGCAUCACAUUGAAAUUACCCAGCUAUUGUUUUUCACUUUUUUAUGUAUUUACAAACUUUCCGUUAUUGUAAAAUGCAUGUGUAUUAAGACUUGAAAUGUGGGGAGAGGAUGCCUAUUUUAUCUAUCCCAUUUAGUUAAAUUAAUAUUAGACAAGGACAUUUUCUGUAAUUUUCUUGUGAAUACCAUGUGAAAAAAAACAAAAACAGGGAAAGAGCCAAUGUCUGUAUUUUCAAGGCUGUAUAAAAAAACAAGAGAACUGGAUAAUGUCAUGCAAAAAGAAGAAUUUAAAGAAAGGGGAUAACAUUUUAAAUUCUACUACUUCAAAUAUAAAGAAGAUUAGGUUGCAUAAUUUAUUCAGUUUGUAUAUGUCUGUGUUAUUACAAUCUGAAAUAUAUCCCAGGAUGGACAAAAUUUCUUAAUGUCAGGCAUUAACAAACACAUAAUUUUAUGUUUCCAGUUUCAAUUUUAUUUCUAGCUGUUCCAGUUAAGUUUUUUUUUAAUAAAUGCUAAAAUUCUAUCUUGUUAAAUUAAAAAAUAAAUGGACUUUAGAGUAUUGUGCAUGAGCAUUUUAUUCUUGGCUCAUGAAAGAGUCCUGCAUGUUUGCUUGCCAAAGGUCCACAAUCUAUUUAGAGACUUUAAAUAUUGAUGAUUGACUCUUUAACCAGUAAGUCCUGACCUGAUGGAUCGCACUGCAGAUAAGCAAACCAAAAGCAAUAUCUCUGUGAAGUUUUACCAGGUUGCAACACGCUACUUUAGAAAGACAUAUGUGUCACUAACAGACUGGCAUGUUUGCCAAGCUAUUUGCUUCCAAAGCACUUUUUGUUAGAUAGAGAGGAGUCUUCUUAACUAGCAUAACCUUAAAAAAGAUUUCAGAUAAUUAUCUCCCAGGCUUUUUUAUGAUUUUAAAAUGUAUUUUACUGUAAAGCUCUAAUAUAAUGAUUGCAAUACAAGUCUUUUUAUUGUCAUAUUAAACCAAAUUGUUGUAUUAAUAGGCAUGUACAUAAUUUGUAAAUAUCUUUUACAAUAAAACUUUACUGACAUUUUGUAUAUGAUCACCUUUCUUCAUCCAUAUUUAUAUACUUUUUCAAGCAAUCAAAUCUUUCUUUUCCCUGGAUGGAUAUAUGACAAGCCAAUCUAACAUGUAAAAAUACUAGAAAUUAAAUCAUUUUAAACAGAAUUAUAAAAAAGUUAUAAAGCAUACAAGAAUUCCAGGAUUCCAGUUAUUGAGCAGGGGUGCAGAGAUCAGAGCUGCUUCCUCAAGACUCCAGAGGACUGGGUUUGAAUCCCGGCCUGUACACCAUUUGAGCUGGAUUUUGCAUUUAUCAAGUGUCCUAAUGGGAAAGACGUACAGGUCAGGUUGUUUGUUGACUCUAAUUUGACCCAGUAUGAAUAAUGUGGAUGCGUAUAUGAAUUUGCCCUGCAAUGGACAGUGUCCGAUCCAGGCCUGUCUUCUACCUUACACCAAGAAGUACCAGGAUGGAUUCAGAAUCCCCUGACCAUUUAAUGAAAAAAAAAUUUGUCCAACAGAACUGUAGAUACAGCACUCUGUCCAUGAAAAAAAUCAAAAAUCUCCAGGAAUUCAAAAGCUGCUUCCCUCUGGUGACUCUAACAUUAUCAGGACUUGAUGACAAAAUGGAAACAUUAAAAGAACAUUAAUUAUUUUCAGGGCCUCAGAGAUAGGAUUUAGCCAUUAAUUGGGUGCAGGCUAUAAAGCAUGUUUUAAUUUAAAUAUACUAGGGGGCUCUGUCCCCUGCUCACUUUGCUCGCCAACUCCUGGGUGGGCGCUAUGUGCUAGCCACUUUGCGGCUCUGUCGCUCGCGUAUGGGGAAGCAGAUGUACAAUUCAAACAGAUUGUUAUUUUCAUGGGAAUUGUUACAUAUGCAUAAUAGAACUAACUAUUGUACAUUACGGCGGGUAAUUAACCAUAGUAAAAAAUAGUAAAAUGUAAUAAAUUGAAAUAAAAUUAUGUUUCAUGUUAUGUUAGAGAUAUUCGUUGCAUUAUACGUUUUUGUUCUGUUUGGCUUUGAAAUUAACACGGAAACACUUUUUAAACAUACACAUUUACUGUAAAAUUUCUGUAAAAACAAUAUUUGGAAUUAACUUUUCUUCAAUAUUGCAUUGAAUUUUGAUUCUGUAUUUGGACUUACAUCUUGACAACACAACAUAUAACUGCCCGUGAGUGAAUAUCGUUUGUUUCUCUCUAAUAAAUAAACCGACUUUUUUGAAUGUUUGUCUCUGCAAUUUGUUACUUGUCAUAGCAAAAGCUAUUCUAACGUGAAAUUGCAAAUGUUUUAAUGCAAAUGGCAUAUCAAGAUGUCCUUUAGUGUCUAAUGUUAUCCGCAGAAUAUGUACUACAUUACCUUUCUUGUGGCCUGUUAAAAUUUUACAUGUUAGUCUAUUGUCAUAGUCUAUUGAUACACAUUUAACCAAUAUGCCAUGUAACCGAUCGACAAUGUUCGCAUUAAUUCAUUUGACUUCAUCGUUUCUUGGUGCUAGGAUUGCCCGUGUACUAAUUUCUUCUGUUGAUAACCCUUCAGGAUAAAAUUCCUCAAUAAGAUUUGGACAUAUUAAGUCUUUUUUUAUUGGGAUCUUAAAGUGAGGAAAACAUAAAAAUGUAUAAGAGCUGAGAGCGCAAAAACUGUGUCUGACAAAAGCAUUCACACAAAUGAGACGUGAGAGGACCGUGGGCGUGGACCGGUAACCAGAAAUGGAUUUAGAGGAGGGUGGAACCCACUUGAAAAAGUCUCUUGGCAAUAGUCUUCUCUCAAGAUUUUCUUUUAUAAUAGAGAGAUUACCAAUGGUGUUACAGAUAUAAUUAAAAAAGCAACUUAAAAUCCCAAUCAAAUGCAAUUAAGCAAAAAAAAGUAGGCUAUUGAAGUGAGAUAUCAUUCAUGACACCAAAAGACAUUGUUUCAUUUGCUUUCUUCUUGGUGUCCUCUAUUGCUGUAAAUAUUUUCAUUCACUGUUUUCAGAUCUUCAGUCAAAGUAUAAUAUUAGAUAAAGGGUACCUGAGUGAACACAUUUUUACUUCUCUUUAUAAUUUAUUUUAUUUAUCCUAACAAGAAAACUAGUCAGCACAAAUUGUCACUGUGUGUGAAAGUAAUUGUCCUCCACUGAAAUCAACCAAAUUGAAGAGUUAAUACAAGUCAGCUGAUUGCACACAGCUAGGCUUCAUUACAGCCAGCCCUUCUCAAUAUGAACCUCACUUACUUUGACCCUCACUAACAAUGUACAUUGUCCAGCACAAAGAUUCAACAAUUUCAUAAAUUCUUUAACAGGUCACAAAAAAAAAUUGUUGAUAUCUCUCAGUCUGAAAAAGGCAACAGAGCCUGAGUGUGAAAAAGGCACUUCUAAGUGCACGUCUACAUUUCUAAGGUAAUGUUACUUCACUGACCCACAGUGGCAGCCAUAUUCUCCAAAUGGAAAAGAACAUGGAAGAGUAGUGAGUUUUCCCAGGAGUGCCAAACACAACUCCAGUUGUGCAGCACAACAUUCAGGAAAUCACAAGGGGUUGUAAAAUCAUCUAAAGAACUUCAGGCAUCUCUUCCCUGAAAGCUACUUUGCAAAAAUUAACCCCAUUACAGAGUAGCAAAGCAGAGAUUGCAACUACCAAAAAGAUCAUACAGUAAAUGCUCAUCUCUCAAUUGCCAGUAAAUGUAUGAUCCAAAUUUUCCUCAAGCCUUUUAGAAAAAUGUUUUAUGGAAACAUAAGAGAGCAGUCCAAAUCUCCUAUGUCUCACAUGAAUAAAACCCAGCAUUCUGCAAUAAGGACAUCAUACCAAUCGUAAAAACAUGGUGGUAGUAAUGUGAUAUUAUACAAUGCUUUUCUGCAUUACAACCUGGACCACAUCUCUAGAUGAUGUAAUAAUGAAUUCUGCUCCAUUAUAUGAAAUUAUUAAAAUCAAAGUUCAAUUACCCAUCAAUGUGCUGAAGCUCAAGUCUAGUUGUGUCAUGCAGCAAGACAAUGACUCAAAACACAAAAAGAAAGUCCAUACAAUAAUGGAUAAAAAUAAACAAAUUAAAUGUUUUUGACUAGGCAGGUUAACCUGCAGACUUACAGAAAGUGGAUAUGCUGUUGUACUUAAUUGAGCAGUUCCUGCAGUGUUUCUAAAUAAAAGUAGCUUUGCAAAGAAAAGUUGGAUAAAAUUAAUCCAAAAUGUUAAGAAAGACUGAUUGGUGUGUGGGUGUGUGUGUGUGUGCCCUGAGGUGGGUUGGCACCGUGCCCAGGAUUUGUUUCCUGCCUUGCGCCCUGUGUUGGCUGGGAUUGGCUCCAGCAGACCCCCGUGACCCUGUGUUAGGAUAUAGCGGGUUGGAUAAUGGAUGGAUGGACUGAUACUGAAUUAAAGAAAGUGUUUGGAUGGAUUCAUUGAAGCUAAAGGUGGUACAUCCUGUUAGAAAGUGUAAUGAGAUAUUUCUUUGCCACAUAGUGCUACUUGGUAUAGUAUAACUUUGUUUAGUCAAUAAAUACCAUAAUAAAGAAAACAUAUCUUAUUUGUUAACCCAGGUGUCUUUUAUCCAAUAUUAAACUUUCAUUGAAGACUAGUAAUGAGCAAACUCCACGGUGUUCCUUUUGUCUUUGGAGAAAUCACGGAAGUAUUCGAGAAGUAUUCGAGAAGUCAAUGAGGACGGACAAAAAAAACUAGAUUUGACUAAAUUAUAAUGGUGCAAUCAUCUUUAAAGUGUCCCUGAUGGCUAGGGAAACAUCUGCCAACUGUACUGGAUCAAUUACUGUGGCCAAAAAGGUGACCUGACCUGCCAACCACUGCACCACUGUGCUUCCAUGAGAUCAAAGAAGAAAAACACAGUCAGAGACAGCAAACGUAUAUUUUGUUAAAACAAAGCAGAAAUACAGAAAUCAUAGUCAAAAGUCAGAAAAAAUACAUAUGUCGUUUUAUGUUGAUUUAUGUGAAAAAGUAUUGCUUUGUGUGCUUUUUAGAAAACAGCCCGGCAGCAGUUCACCACCCCUGCCCCUUGCACUGCCACUGCCACAGCAGUGCACAGGGCAAUGCACGCAGCAACAGACAUUUUAUGUUGAUUUAUGUGAGAAACUAUUGCUUUGGGUACUUUUCAGAAAACUGAGAUUUUUGGAAAAAUAUUCAGCCCUGGGAGAAGUGUGAAAAAAAUCAGCCCUUAAAGAAUUAAAGGCAGAAAAUUCAAAGUGGCAUGUCAUGAUUGAAGCUGCAGGCUCUCCAAACUGUCUGUGUUGAUGCUUUGUACUUUUUCUUCUAUCAAAACGAUAAAAAUAUCUAAUUAAUAGUAACAAAUGUUUAAUUAUUAUUGUUAUUGCAUAGAGUCUCCUGUGUUUGGUUGGCAUCAGACUCUUUCAUUUUUUAUUUUCAUUCUCCACGUGGCUAAUUAUGUGUGCAGACAGAACAAGUUAUUUAUAUAUGUAUGAACUUGAAUUAUUUACUUAUCUGUUAAGCUCCUUAAAUUCAGUUCACCAACUGUACACAAUAUUAAUGUGUCUUUAUGGCUUUACAUUUUAUAGCAUUUAUUUUUAGGAAAAUAGAAAAAAACUGGUAUGAAUACUAAUUCUAUAGUAGUUCACCAGCUGUCUUAGCACAUUUCUCUGCUAACCCAGAGUUUCUCUCAGUGUUCCAAUCUGCAGUGUGUCAGUCAGUAGGCUAUCAGUACUAACUGUGAGCAUGAUGGUGUGCUCUUCAUAGUACCAACCAAUGCACGACCAUGCCUUCGUGAGAUCAAAGGAGAAAGAACAUAGUGAGAGACGCACAAGCUUUGUAACCAGUCUGUAAAGCAAAUGAUCAGCAUUACAUACACUGAGAGUCAUCCAGUGUUGGCUGUUACAGCUCUGGGGGGUGUCAUGCUGACCUCGCAAAGCAUUAUGGGACGCUGAAGAAAAAGUUCUCCUAAACCGGAUGAAUUAUCGUUAAAUAAUUUGCGGAACAAGGGUGAAUGUGAAAUCAGCAAAUUCACUGUGAAUAAAGCUUUGGCGAAAUUUGCUGAUCAACACUUUUGAAAGUUCAGCAUUAAAAUUCUGUAAUAAUGGAGGAAAUCAGGGAGAGGACAAAUACUUUUUCACUGAUUUGUAUAUUGCUGAUACCUGCUUGAACCAAUUCUGUUUUAUAAAUGACAAUUUGUAGCGUUUAUCAGAGUUACUUAUGCAUGGACACCAGAAACAGAUUUAAAUCAGAAAUGGUAGCAAAAUAAAACUUAUUUUUAAAAUAAAAACAAAUCCAUCUAAUUCAGUACAGCAUUUUCUGUAAUAAAUUUUGUUUUUCAUUAUUGCUAUAAAACAAAUUUUAUAAAAUAUUCAGACAAGGCAGUUAAUUUAUCCAAAUAAGUUGAGAAGAAAACACUCUACCUGCAGUCUUAGAUGAGAUUGUGCUUUGCUUGGUACAAAAGUUUGUUGAUGACUGUGUCCUCCCAUCAGGUCCAAUGCAUUGCUGCUGCCUGAUGGGAAUCGUAGUCCCUGCAUCGGCGCUGGAUUUUUGACUGCCCACCGUCCUCCCAUUACUACCCAUUACUAUCCCUAUGCCUGUUAUGCCUUAUAGCCUAGAUUUAAAGUUGGACUAACAGCAACACACAUGCAAACUCAAACAUACAAUUUACAAUUUUAAAUAUAUAUACACUUAAAUGUAUUCAUAAAAAAAUCAAAAUACAGUUGC